AUGGAGCCCGACGCCGUGGUGGACUCGCUCCUUUCCGGAGCCUGUGUGCUCUUCACCCUCGGCAUGUUCUCCACCGGCCUCUCGGACCUCAGGCACAUGCGGGUGACCCGGAGUGUGGACAGCGUGCAGUUCCUGCCUUUUCUCACCACGGAUGUCAACAACCUGAGCUGGCUGAGUUAUGGGGUCUUGAAGGGAGAUGGGACCCUCAUCCUUGUCAACGCUGUGGGUGCUGCGCUUCAGACCUUGUAUAUCUUGGUGUAUCUACACUACUGCCCUCGGAAGCGAGCCUUGCUCCUACAAACUGCAACCCUGCUGGGAGUCCUUCUCCUGGGUUGUGGCUACUUUUGGCUCAUGGUGCCUGACUCUGACACCCGGCUGCAGCAGCUGGGCCUCUUCUGCAGUGUCUUCACCAUCAGCAUGUACCUCUCACCACUGGCUGACUUGGCCAAGGUCAUUAAGACUCAGUCAACCCAGCGUCUCUCCUACUCACUCACCAUCACCACCCUCCUCACCUCUACCUCUUGGACCCUCUAUGGGCUUCGACUCAGAGAUCUCUACAUCAUGGUGCCCAAUCUUCCAGGAAUCCUCACAAGCUUCAUACGUCUCUGGCUUUUCUGGAAGUAUCCCCAGGAGCAAGACAAGAACUAUCGGCUUCUGCAAACCUGA